AACAUCGGAGACCUCGACAGGUCGUGGCAGAGAGAGGACACGGUAUACGUCUGGAGGGGUAAGAAGUUCUGGAAGAUCGCCGACUUUCCGCGGGCGCCACGAGUGGUACAGUCGGGCAAUACUAACACCGAAUGGGACGGAUUCUCGGACGAUCCCGACGCUGUGGCCAUCAUUCAAGAGGGUAAAGCGAGACGCGGGUGGAUGUUCUCCUUUUACGGCGGCUAUUGGUCGGGUUGGUUACCGGACCAGAGGCCAUGGAUCAGCUACAAGGCCUGGUGGGGUCAGCCAACCGGGACCAUGAAGUUUGGCGCCACAAUGCAUAACGGCGAUAUCAAGAAUCCAAUGGUUUUCGGCUUCGAUGGAUCGCAAGUGCACACAUACGCCAGCACUGGCACACUCUUAGACCUGAGAAACACGAAACGAGUGGACGAGACGGAGGAGAACUGGCCAAAAGACAUCACCGCCGCCAUGAGAAUGGCAGACAAUACGGUAUAUCUAUUCCGGGGCGAGAAAUACUGCAAAAGAGGCUGGAAAUGCAAAGAUGGUGAUUGUUGCAAAGAAUGGAAAAACGCGAUGAAUCUGUUUCACUGUCCGGGAACUAAAGAAAGCGAAUCCAGAAAUUAUAAGAACAACAAAAAUGGCGAUCAAAACGAUGGCGAAGAGAAGACCGAAUCGAAGAAACCCGAAGCGAAACCAACGGAAGAGCCGCCACCGGAACCAAUAACUGAAGAGACAAUAACUGAAGAACCAAUAAAAAAGCCUAAUAUAAAGCAGUCAAAGAAGACAACUGAUCCGCCAAAUGAUGACGAAGACUAUGUGGUGAAAAAGGAUUCAAAGAAAUCGCGUAAAAACGGCCCCCGACCUGACCAAAUACGGCCGACACCCAGACGCUUCAAAACCAAUGGUAAUNUGGUAAUAAUAGACACGGAUAGCGGUGUUGACGACGCGUUGGCCAUAAUGUUGGCCACGUAUUGCCACAAACACAAUAUGAUUGAUAUAAUGGCCAUCACUUGUCAAUUCGGUAAUACAUAUGUCGAUAAUGUGGUCAAAAAUGUCGGCUAUACUCUCAAUGCCACUAAUACUGAAGGAAUCAAAAUAUACAGGGGUUCUGACGGACCAUUGGUUGGCAAAUAUGUCGCUUCCGAUCACUUCGGAACCGAUGGUUUGGGUAACUCUACUAAAGACAUGCCUCCCAUUUCAGUGCACACCGAGAGUGAACACGCGGCCAAUGCGUUGGUACGACUGGCCAGAGAGCACCCGAAACAGAUCACACUGUAUGCUUUGGGACCACUCACUAAUAUAGCGCUCGCAUAUAUGUUGGACAACAAUUUCUUUGACCAUUUAAAGCAAAUUGUUUUUAUGGGUGGAGUUCUUGACUUCGACGGCAAUGUGGGUCCAGUGACUGAGUUUAAUGUUGUUGAAGACGUCGAGGCCUGUCAUCGAGUGCUGUCCUCUGCUAAAUGUCCUAUCAUUGGUGUUCCAAUGGAAACUGGUCUAAACACCGAUUGCGGUGUCGACGACGCGAUGGCCAUAAUGUUGGCCACGUAUUGCCACAAACACAAUAUGAUAGACAUUGUGGCCAUCACUUGUGUAUUCGCCAAUACAUAUGUGGAUAAUGUGUGCAAAAAUGUUGGCUAUACUCUCAGAGCCAGCGAUAUGGAGGCAAUCAAGAUAUACAGGGGUUGUGACGGACCUAUUGUUGGCCAAUACAAACCCACUCAUCAUUCAGGAGAGGAUGGUUUGGGCGACUCUACCAAAGACAUGCCACCCAUUGAUGUGCACAUAGAGAGUGAACACGCGGUCAAUGCGUUGGUACGACUGGCCAGAGAGCACCCGAAACAGAUUACGGUCAUUGUUUUGGGCGCCUUCACUAAUAUAGCGCUCGCAUAUAUGUUAGACAACAACUUCUUUGACAAUUUGAAGGACAUUGUGUUUAUGGGCGGAACUCUAGACUUCGCCGGCAAUUAUCCGUCCCCUUUGACUGAGUUUAAUAUUGUUAACGAUGUCGAGGCCUGUCAUAUAGUGCUGUCUAACGCCAAGUGCCCUAUCGUUGGAGUCCCACUGGAAUGUUGUCGCAGCCAUCCAUUAACCUGGGACCUUUACGACCAAAUAGUGAAAUUGGAUUCAAAGAAAUCAAAGUUUAUGAAACAGAUUACAGAUAUGGUGUGCAAAAAAGUUAAACUUGAUCCGGAAUCUAAAGGUAUAUUAAUGUAUGACAUUCUGGCAGUAAUGGCGCCCAUAUAUGAAGAUUAUAUUGAAUCUAAAGUUGAAUACAAGACAAGCAUUGAAUUGAAUGGAGGGCUAACUCGAGGAGAACUCGUGUUCGACAAGAGGUCGACACCCGAUGUCCUGAAGAAUGACUGGAAAUCAGUUCAAUAUAUCAAACACUUUGACGACAAAAAGUUUUUACAACUUAUGAUUGAUUUUAUGAAAUAA